AUGCGAGUCCCGUUCGUGGUGUAUGCAGACUUUGAAUGUCUUCUUGAGUCCAACAGAACCAUCAAAACUGAACAAACACAAAGCUACCAAAAACACUUGGCUAUGAGUUUUGCAUAUUACAUCGUUUCCAAAGAUGGAGACUACAAACCUCCUGUCACAUACUUUGGUGCAGAUGCUGGAAGGGUCUUUGUGGAACAACUUGAGAUGGAGUCUGAAAAAAUAAGACAUUUGUAUUCUAGUGAGGCUAUCAAACCUAUGGAUUUAACGGUAGAUGACCAGCGUAUUAUAUCAAACUCAACAACAUGCCAUAUUUGUGAAAAACCUCUAGAAGAUGAUAGGGUCCUUGAUCAUGACCAUUUGACAGGACAAUUCAGAGGAGUUGCACACAACAAAUGCAACAUUCUGUACAGGAAACCCAAGUUUAUUCCUGUCUUCAUUCACAACCUCUCAGGCUACGACACACAUUUGUUUAUUAAAAUGCUGGGUAUGAAUGAUGAGGAAAUAGAAGUGAUACCAAACAAUGAAGAACGGUACAUAUCAUAUACGGUUAAAAAGCAGAACAUGAUCGAACUGAGGUUCUUGGAUUCGUUCAAGUUUAUGUCCAGUAGCCUUGAUGCACUCACCAAAAACCUUCAGAAAGAUCAGUUUACACAUACUGCUAAAUACUUCAAUGAAUCCGAGUUGAACCUGGUUUUGAGAAAAGGUAUUUACCCAUAUGAUUACAUGGACAGUGAGGACAAAUAUAAGCUAACUCAUCUACCUAAACAGGAAGAAUUCUACAACAUACUCACUAAAACAGAUGUUGAUCAUAAAGAUUAUGAACAUGCUAAAAGAGUGUGGGAUUCAUUUAAAAUGAAGGAUAUGAAAGAGUACACAUUGAUGUACAACAAAUCAGAUGUCCUCCUACUAGCUGACGUUAUGGAGAACUUCCGAAAUGUGUGUAUGUCAACAUACAAACUAGAUCCUGCAUGGUUUUUCACAACACCUGGUCUUGCUUGGAGUGCUAUGCUAAAAACGACGAACGUUGAACUGGAACUUAUUUCAGAUUAUGAUAUGCUACUUAUGAUUGAGAAGGGAAUUAGAGGUGGCGUGUCGCAAAGUUCUAACCGUCAUGCUAAAGCCAAUAACCCCUACAUGAAGGAUUACGAUUCGAGCAAACCAACUGAGUACCUUGUGUACUUAGAUGCAAAUAACCUAUAUGGAUGGGCAAUGGUUCAACACAUGCCGUAUGGAGAUUUCAAAUGGUGUGAUACAAACAUCGAUGUCACUGAAAUCCCCGACGAUGCCGAUACGGGCUAUAUACUUAAAGUGGAUUUGGAAUAUCCUAAAGACACUCACGACUUGCAUUCCGAUCUUCCUCUUGCCCCGGAGCAGAGAGUACCACCAGGAGGAAAAGAGGUUAAACUGUUGACAACACUUUAUGACAAAGAGAAGUAUGUGGUUCAUUACAGGAAUCUCAAGCUGUACCUCAAGCUUGGAUUGAAACUGAAGAAGAUCCAUAGAGUCAUUUCCUUUAAGCAAUCAAACUGGAUAGCUACUUAUAUUGACCUGAAUACAAAACUGAGAACUCAGGCAAAGAACGAUUUCGAAAAGGAGUUUUACAAACUGAUGAAUAAUGGUGUAUUUGGGAAGACGAUGGAGAACAUACCUAACAGAGUGGAUGUGCGAUUGGCGACAAAGGAAAACAAAUUGUAA